AUGGGCCUCUUCGGCAUGGCAGCGAGCUACCUCGCCUUCUCCGUCCUCCACUUCUUCCAGUUCGUUCUGGCCGUCACCGUAUGCGGCCUCUACGCCGUCGACCUCAACCGCGCUAGAAGUGAAGGGAGCUACACCGACGGGAAAUGGGUCUUUGCUGUCGUGGUCGGCGCUCUCUCCGCCGUAACGGCUCUGCUCUACUUCAUCCCCUUCAUCCUGCGCUUCGCCAUUGUCUGGAUCUGGGAUGCCAUCCUCUUCAUCCUCUGGAUCGCCCUGUUCGGUCUCUUUGGCAAUAUGUACAUCAAGGAGAAUGCAGAGGGCGACAGCGGCAUUCAGCGCAUGAAGAACGCCGUUUGGGUCGACUUGGCCAACGCCCUUCUCUGGCUCAUCAGCGCGCUGGCGACUGCCGCCUACUGGUGGAGACACCGCGAGCGCCGCACCCGCUUCACUGGCCGUGGAAAGGUCUAA